GCUCCCGCCCGGGGCUCGCCCAAGGGGAGAGGUGCUGGGAUUUAGAUCGCCCUGCUUAAACGCAGCCUCGGAUCCCAGCCCUGAAGCCCUGGGGGAGAUGCCGGGCGCCCGUCGAGGGGGUCAGCAGGGCUCGCUGCGGGGUCCGGCCGGUCCCACACAACCGGCCCCAGCUGCUUCACCCAAGGGGAAAAAAUCCCAGAUUAUCCGUUACCUAUCGCUAACGAAGUGCAGCACUGACACCUCCAUCCUCGCGGAGGUCUCGCCCGAGAAGUCCCCGCCGGGGCUGCCACGGGUUAUCGCUGCCCUCUUCCCAUAGCUCGCUCUGCUCGGCUGUUUAACCACCCAAACUCUCUUCCCCUCGGCUUUGCGGGGAACGGACUGUGUUGAGAAAUCGGUGCUAUACAACUCUAGCAGCACUUACGCGUUGAAGUGCCUUCCCAGCUCAGGUUUUGUAUCCCCUAGUAGCCUUUGCUUGAGUGAGCCCUGGGAGCCGCUCGCGUACGCUGCCGAGAGCUUUUGCGGGUGAGGAGACUUGCAAAAACAGCCCUUGAGCUUAACACCAAAAGGUAACUGGGGGGUUCAGCGUGUGACCGCUGCCUGGGCAGAAAAAGCAAAACAAAAAACCUCACUACAUCCAAAAGCAGCUAAAAAUCACGUGCCAAGGUUUCAGGGUUGGACACUUCAGAGACAGGCUUACACGGCUAGGAGGGCCCUGCUUUUCCCGCGAAGCUGCUUAAUCGCAGUGGUUAUUUACUGCUGCACCCCACCACAAUCUCAGCAGAGGUGUUACGUGGUUUUAGGAUCUUAGAGCUUCUGGUUUAGAAAGGCUUAGACAUCAGUAUCCCAGGAAAUUAAAUGAAAUUUUAAACACCACUUCUCAAUGGCUUCAUCCCAACAGGUAUACCUUUUUUAAAAAAAGCAGUGUCCUUUGGAAGUAAAUGGCUUAUCCUUCUGGUAGUAAACAUACUAGGAUCUACCCCCACAGCCCUCACUGAGGUUAACAACAGUGCAGAGAUUAUUUUAUUGAGUGAUAAAGACAAGUCCUUGCUGUUGCGUUCCAGCCACCUCAUGUGUUUUUUUUUUAUUGCUAGUGGUUAUGCCUGUAAAACAUCACUUUGAAAGGAUGCUCCUUAGAUAAAGCCCUCUUUUUCCUGCUAAUUACAAACAACUGAGUCACACUGAUCAACAGCUUGGUCAGGCUCCAGCCUGGGGGUAGUCAGGCCAGCGAGUUUAAGUGCAAUAGCGCUGAUCACAUGCUCCAGCAUUAACGCAAAAGCACGGCAUAUCCAGCAAGCAGAUUACCUGCACGCUGAUUUGCUUUAAACCAGCAGCCUCCGCAGGGGAAGGUGGUUGAUGCCCACCGGACCCGUCCUGGUGCAGCUCAGCAAGCCAUUGCCUACAGGGAGGAGCGGUUCGGGUGGGAGACGGGGGGCACCUGCCCCCAGGCACAAUUUCAUGCGUGCAGAGAUGCUUCGCCCUCAAGCCGAGAGUGAGAAAUGACUUUAAUCUCAGCUGUUUCAGUACUAACCUUCUCAGGGAGUUUGAGACCAGCUGAGCCUGCCUCCAUCUACAAGCAGCUAGUUGCGACUGUCACAAAAUAAAGAGGCACUUGUAGGAGACGUCAUUUGUAAAAGCAGCCAGCAGAAGAGAGAGGAGGACUCGGCUCUCCCCAGCCAGAAGCAGGCUCAGCGCCUCACCUCCUGCCCAGGACAAGGGCAUGGCGCAGCGAGCAGCGCCCGAAGCGGUGGCCGGCACCUCCCUGGACGGGACUCAGCCCGCCUACAUCUACAAGGUGGUCCUCCUGGGGAACACGUCGGUGGGGAAGUCGAGCCUUGCCUAUCGCUACGUGAAAAAUGACUUCAAGGAAUCGCUGCCCACCAUGGGAUGUUCGUUCCUCACACAGACGCUCUGCCUGGAGGCCACCACCGUCAGGUUGGAGAUCUGGGACACGGCGGGCCAGGAGAAGUACCACAGCGUCUGCCACCUCUACUACCGGGGCGCCCACGCCGCCCUCCUCGUGUACGACAUCACCAGCAAGGAGAGCCUGAGCAGGGCCAAGCUGUGGCUGCAGGAGCUGGAGAAGGAGUUCCUCCACGACGAGAUCGUGAUAGCCUUGGUGGGCAACAAGACGGAUCUCGCGGCUGAACGAAAAGUCGCAGCGGAGGAGGGAGAAGAGUUUGCAAAGAGCAAGAGCCUGCUGUACAUGGAGACGUCUGCAAAAUCCAACCACCAAGUGAACGAGGUCUUCACGGCGGUGGCUCAAGAGCUCGUGGCUCGGGAGGGCAGGAAGGCAGCGGCGCGGCACCCGGCACCCCCGGACCUGCAGGAGCCCAGGGGCCCAGGGCCCCGGUGCUGCGGGCUCUGAGAAGGGCCGGCAAGCAGCGCUUCGGAGAGGACGAGCGGCUCCCGGCCCUCGUGCUUCGCCGCUGGAUUACUGAGCGCGCUGAAACGAGCCGCCCCAGAGCACAGGGUGACUCGGGCGCGCAAGGCCAGCUCGGGCCGCUAAUCCUUUUACUCGCCCUUGACGAGCGGGUCGGAGCCCCGGCUGCGUGCACAGGCCACUUAAUGGCUAAAGCAGCCGUUUCCUGCAAGAGGCAGAGCAGAGAUUUCCUCCUCCACCUUUCCAGCACCGGAGACUGAGGCAAAGAGGCUUUUUCCUCCCGACGCGCUGACAAUUCCCCAGGGCACGAGCCCCCGCCGCAGCCUCAGCCCCCAGGUGCCGGGAAGCAGCUCCUUAGUGUUAGCUCCCACCUGACAGGAGAUUUUAGCUUUCCUGAGUGAGGCAAAUGCAUCCUGGUAGUUUUAAGCCCAGACUAUGAAUAAAGAGAAUAGUGCCCUAAAA